CCAAAACUCGUAGUUACUGAAACAUUUCACGUGUUAGUCGACACAGAGAAGCCUGGAAAGCAAGACUUUAGUGGCGUGAUCCUAAAAAGUAAACAGGAGUGGCGGGCUUUGGAGUAGUUGCCUUGCGAUAAAGUCAUUAUAAGAAAAUAUUACCAAGACGCGGGUGUGUAUCUGCAAGACGUUGGACAUAUUUUUGUGAAGAAGAAAAAGUACCGAUUUGAAGUUUAUAAGAAUGUACCGGAUUAUAUUCGCGAGAAAGGUGAACUAUGUGAUGCUGGGACUGACGUUUGCUCAUCUAUGGACCUUAUCUAUUCAGCAAGGAGGCUGCGAUUUCGACACGAAUAUGUGCGGUUUCCAACAAGACAGCAGAGAUAACUUUGACUGGACAAGGCAGCAGGGUUCCACAGGAACAGCAAACACGGGACCCUCGGCAGAUCACACUACUGGAUCUGGAUACUACAUGUUCAUUGAGACUUCCAGUCCACAAGAGACCGGACACAUCGCACGUCUGAUCAGCCCUGUACUGUCUACAGACACCAAAUGUCUGGAGUUCUGGUACCACAUGUACGGGGAUUCUACAGAUGACCUCAACGUCUACAUACGGCCAACAGGCCGCCCUCUGCCAGGCAGUCUGACAUGGUCACAAACUGGAGACAAAGGUGAUGUCUGGAAACGGGCUAGAGUUCAUGUUGAGGCAGCCAGUGACUUCAACAUCGUGUUUGAAGGUGUACGAGGAUCCAGUUACCGAGGUGACAUCGCGAUAGAUGACGUCAGUUUCAGGACAACACCAUGUGGCGGAGACUGUGAUUUCGAUGCUUCACUGUGUGGUUACCAACAAGACAGCACAGAUGACUUUGACUGGACACGUCAGCAGGGUAACACAGGGACUGUAAACACUGGGCCUUCAUUGGACCACACUACUGGGUCUUCUGUAGGUUCCUACAUGUACAUUGAGACGUCCACUCCAAGGCAGCCAGGAGACAUCGCACGUCUGAUCAGUCCUGUACUGUCCAGUGACACCAGAUGUCUGGAGUUCUGGUACCACAUGUACGGGGAUGGUGUAGAGGAACUGAGGGUCUACCAAAGCUCAUCUGACAGCUCUCAGCUGGGCACACCACUAUGGUCUCUAACAGGAGACCAGGGGGAUGUUUGGCACAACGCUACAGUGGGUCUUGCACAAGGCAGCAGCUUCUAUAUCGUGUUUGAAGCUGUACGAGGGUCCACUGCCCGGGGUGACAUCGCCAUAGAUGAUGUCAGUGGAAGAACAACAUCGUGCGCCGGCCCAGUUGUAACAACCACACUAGCGGCUCCAGUUACAACAGUCACUGUAGCAACAGUAGACAAAAGCACUACAGAUCUCGCGACAGCUGCAGCUGAAACAACAACACCCCUACAGGUGACAACACCUGAGUCAUCUACACAACGUGUGACAACAGAGAUGGAGUCCACAACAUCUGCAGCCACAACGCAAGGUCCUACAACAACAGAGGCGGUCCCAUCAGAAAGAGACUGUGAUUUCAACACGGAUGUUUGCGGCUACCAACAGGACAACACAGAUGACUUUGACUGGGCACGGAAAUACGGAAGCACCUCGACUACAGGCACUGGGCCUGGAUCGGACCACACUACUGGGAAUGGUUACUACAUGUACAUUGAGGCGUCCAGUCCCCAGGUACGAGGAGACAUCGCGCGUCUGAUAACCCCUGCCCUGCCUACCAACACCAGAUGUCUGGAGUUCUGGUACCAUAUGUACGGUAGCAGUACAGGAGAUCUUAGGGUCUAUCAAAGACCCACAGGCAGCGCCCAGCUAGGAACUCCGAUAUGGUCUCUAGCAGGAGACCAGGGGAACGUCUGGGACCAGGCCAGACUGGAUAUUGCAGCUGUGAACAACUUCCAGAUCGUGUUUGAGGGCGUCAGAGGGUCUAGUUUGUAUGGUGACAUCGCGAUAGACGACGUCAGUUUCAGAUCAACACCCUGUGGGGACGGAAGUUGUACUUUUGACGCGUCGUUGUGCGGUUACCAACAGGACAACACAGAUGACUUUGACUGGACACGCCAGCAGGGUAGUACUGGGACUACAAACACUGGGCCUUCAUCAGAUCACACCACUGGCUCGGGUAAGGGAUACUACAUGUACAUUGAGACAUCGGGUCUACAGUCAGGAGACAUCGCACGUUUGAGCAGCCCUGUCCUGUCAACAGACAUCAAAUGUCUGGAGUUCUGGUACCACAUGUACGGUACUAGUACAGGGGAACUAAACGUCUACCAAAGAUUCACAGGCAGCGCCGAACUGGGGACACCGGUCUGGUCUCAAACAGGGGACCAGGGGGACGCCUGGAAACAGGCUACAGUGGAUCUGGUCACAGACAAAAACUUCUACGUCGUAUUUGAAGGUGUACGAGGGACCAGUUACCGGGGUGACAUCGCCAUAGAUGACGUCAGUUAUAGAACAACACCAUGCGUCGCAACAACUGUGGCGAUCACUACAACGACGGUAGCUACAACAGCGCAAAGGACAACAACAGACGUUGUAACUACGAAUCCUGUAACAACGGCAGAUACAACAACGACACUUCUGCAGACGACAACAUCUACUAGUGAGCCAUCCACUGAAGAUACAACCACGGAGGAAGGCCAUACUACACCGGAACCUUCUACAACCUACAUCACUACAACAACACCUGUUACAACACAAGAAGCCACGACAGCAACUGUUACAACGCCUGAGUACACAUCAACAGCAAUGGAUACAACAACAGACGCCACUACUAGCACACAGCAAGCGUUAGCGACAACCGAACCGAUAACAACUUCUGUUGUAACAACUGACGAAACAACAUUAGAACUUACUACAGCACCCGAUACAACUUCUAUAAUAACAACAGAGGUAACAACAUUAGAACUUACUACAGCACCCGAUACGACUUCUAUAAUAACAACAGAGGUAACAACAUUAGAACUUACUACAGCACCCGAUACGACUUCUGUUAUAACAACAGAGGUAACAACAUUAGAACUUACUACAGCACCUGACACAACUACUAUUUUACCCACAACGAUCACGACAACGCAACACACGUCAUCUCCAGACGUACAACCAACCACAUCUUCGGAAGAAACGACAGAAAGGUCUCCAACAACCACAGUCGACAGCAACACCCCAUUACAAAGCACUACACAUGUGGCAACUACUAUAGAAGAGGAGACAACGUCAACGCCCAGUACAACGGUCACGCCAUCAACAAUUUUGCAGACAACAGUCCCAAGAGAGACUACAACGCCAACUCAUGAACACUCUUCAGCAACCACAAACAUUGCCACUACAAAAAAACCUUCUGAGACGUCGUUACCAAGUGCUUCAACGUCUACAACAGAACUACACCAAACUACUACGACAAAAUCAAGUACAGUCAAGCCUGAUCAGGCUUCCACUGCAACUCUGACUACAUUAAAACCCGAACCAACGAAAGCGUCAACGAAAAAGCCAGUGACAGUCCAACCGGAGUCAGAGGCACAGGACGGCGGUCUGUCCAUAGGAAUCAUCAUUGGAGCAGGAGCAGGCGGUGCGGUCGUUGUUAUACUACUAGUGGUGGUCAUCGUCAUCGUUUUCAAGUGUCGAAAAAGCAAUAGGCAGAAGAACCAAGGAUGGGAAACGGCCAACCCGAUGUACGACGUGGCGAUGGGACCAAUGAUAAACGGGAAUAAACCCGGUUAUGGGGGAGAUGUUUACAGCAACAACAACAAAAAUGGAGGAAAGAUGGACGAGGAUUUUUACGCCUUCAACAUGGACACCAGCAAUGUAUAGAUGAAGAAAGCUGGAGCAGUUCUUCUAAACAUCCUUUCAACACUCUCAAAAUCAGGUCAAGAAACAUAUUGUCUUACAUUACACCCAGGCAGAUAUCAAAUAUAUUAUUUAACUUUGAUCAAUUGUUGCAGUUAUGUAGUCCUGCAGGGAUAUACUGGUAUGCUUUAAUUCAAUUCAACUUUAAACUGUCAUAAUCUGUAAGACCAAACAAGACUAGUUUGACAGUGUUUCAUUUUUGUAUACAUUACAACUGUUUUAUUCUAGGAAAUAGCUGUUGUUGUUGCACUAGGUAUUUUAUGCUAUUACAAGUAUUGCUAUGGCAGCCAUAGACAAUAGACCAGGCUCUUGUAUACCGGUACCUUUGUGCCAUCGACUAAACAAUUUUGUAUAUACUCAUGAUAUCAUAUUCUGUGUUUAUACCUUACAAGCUUUUUGUUACCAUGAAAGCUAUGCUGCUCAGUCUUUGA